AAAUAUUUAAUUAUCUAUAUAGAUAGAUAUAAUUACCGUGCACACCAGAGAGAUCAGAGGUCUAUUUACAAAUCCAAAUCUCCCAUCCCGAGCCGUGCCAUCUUCACUUCACUUGCAUUCCCAGUUUCCCUCUCCCGAUCCCUCCUCUCUCUCCCGGUCUUCCCUUCCUUCUCCAGCUUCCAUCUUCCCCAACCCACCCAUUCCUCACUUCAAAUCCCCAGUGCGACUGCACUCGCCACCACCAAUCACAGCCCAGGCCAAAACCCUAAGCAAGCAGCCAUGCCCAGCCUCCUCCUCCUGCUCCUGCUCUCCUCGGCCGCGGCCUCCAACUGCUUCCAGGCCUCUUGCGCGGGCGCGGAGUCCGGGCCGGCCCGGCGGGAGCUGGUGCCGGUGGCCCCUGCGCCCGAGCUCGGGGCCAUGGUGCUGAGCCUGAACGAGACGCGGCGGCGGCUGGGGAGCUUCCAGCUCUGCGCGCCCUGCACCUGCUGCGGUGGGUCCAGGGGCGCGUGCGAGCUCGCCCCCUGCUGCUACGCCAUCAACUGCAACAUCCCCAACCGCCCCUUCGGGUACUGCUCUUUCACGCCCAAGUCCUGCGACUGCCUCGGCUGCAACCUCUGAGAUGGCCCUUGCGCGCGGGAUUAAUCCAUGAGCGUGAGAGAGGGGGAGUAGAGUGAGAGUGGGGUAUCGAUGAAUAUAUAUAAUUCCCCACCGAUGCUUAGUUAAGUGGCAAUUGCUAUUGUUUCUAGCUAUUUUGCUGUGAUCAUUAUUACAUGGUGUAGCUGCUACACUCGAUUUGGUUGACAAAAAAGGGGGUUGAUUUGGAGAUCAGUACUAGUGUUUUGUUCUGU